CAAAGGAUUGUAAGGUCAGUGUCAUUGGGUGGGUACACAAUGUCCCGCAAUCCGGAUUCUGGGGGAUACAGCCAGAGUUAUAAAUUAGUUGUUGUCGGUGGCGGAGGAGUGGGAAAAAGUGCCUUAACUAUACAAUUUAUACAGUCCUACUUUGUGACGGACUAUGACCCCACAAUAGAAGAUUCCUAUACUAAACAAUGUGUUAUAGAUGACGUUGUGGCCAGACUAGACAUUCUGGACACAGCAGGUCAGGAGGAGUUCAGUGCCAUGAGAGAGCAGUACAUGAGGUCAGGGGAGGGCUUCCUUCUUGUGUACUCCGUCACGGACAUCAGUAGUUUUGAAGAGAUUUACAAGUUCCACAAGCAGAUAUUGCGUGUGAAAGACAGAGAUGAAUUUCCCAUGAUCCUUGUAGCAAACAAGUCCGACUUAGAGCAUCAGAGGGAUGUGUCCCAGGAUAAGGGAAUAGAGCUGGCCCGCAGUUUGAAAAUAAGUUAUAUUGAAGCAAGUGCCAAAAAUAGAACAAAUGUGGACCAGGCAUUUUACGAAUUGGUUAGAAUUAUCAGGAAAUUUCAGGCUGAGGAACGCCCCCCUGUGAAACCCCCAGGCAAAAAGAAGAGGCGAUGUUCAAUACUGUGAUAGAUGUCUUGUCAUGAGCAGCUAAACAAUAAUAUUACACUGAUGGACAUCAUGGAUGCAUUUGAUUCCCCGUUGCCAUGGUAACGGUCGCCACGGUAGCUCUGAAUGUUUGUGGUGCUUGAGCCAGGAUCGAGAGCAGCAGACAUCCAGUGACUGAGACCACGCUUCCACUCGACCUCCGUUGACCAACCGUGGGACUGACCCCAAAUUUGUGCUUGUAUUUUUUCAUUUACCCCCAAAUCAGGUUUCUAUAUUCGAGGCAUAUUUUGUACUUUCUUAAGUUGGUAUGCAAGGGAAAAGUGAAUUUGUCAUUCCAUUACUACUAUAUUAAUGAUACUAAGGUAAAUAUGUAAAAAUGGUGUAUUUUGUUACUGAAUGAAUAGUUAUGCAGUGAUUUGGAGUUAAUAUAAUACAUGUCGAGAAUGAGAGAACAGCUGAGUGUGGGACAUUCACAGACUAACAAAUGCAUAAUUUUGGUGUUCAUUUCCAUGAAUUGUUCCACUUGGUCCUCAUUUCUGACUAUUUUGUAGAAAUGAGAUUUUGUACAAGUGCGCUGAAAGACCGUGCAUCUUCACGGCAUGUGUCCGUGACACACCCAGUGUUUAUUUGAAGUGAGUUGAGUACAUUGUGUUUAGUUACCAGCUGCUUCCAAAGCAUGUGAAUGCAUCUGCAUGAUACUAUUAUAUACUACAAUGUAAUUGUAUGCCCUGAGUGAAGCUGUGUUUCUGUGGCUUGUGGGGACUGGGUGGGGUUGUCAUGUUAGUAUCUUUCUUAACAGAGGGUAUCUGAAAAGUGGGAUAAACUAGAGAUGGUGGGUGGGUGGAAGGGUGGGUGUCAGUAUUGGUUUACACGUUUACCAAAUGAACUGGUCCUUCUGUAGGGUCCGAGGGAGUUUUUCAUCAACGAAUAGACUUAAAAAACAACCCACCAGAGCAUCCUUCUUUUCAUGGCUCUUCUUUGUAAAUUGUAUUUUCAUGACCAAAUAUGACAUGGAGUUGGUUGAAGAUGACACUGAUGAAUAAGGGGCUAUGUUUCAGGGUAAGUCUUGCCUUAUAGCAUUGUUACCAGGACGAUCACAACAUUUUAACUGUUUUCAUGACUCUCCUCAAAUAGAUAAGUGAUCAGUUCUGUAUAAAAGGAAAUAUUUACAUCCAUCUCAUUGAGAAAGUGAUGAGUUCCAAAUGUCAUUCUUAUACAAGGAAACUUGUAGUUAUUGUUGGGAAGUGCAACAGUGUCACUCUACUGUUGAUUUAACAGGAAGUUAAAAAGGGAAGACUAUGUGCCAAUUCGGCAGUUAAGUUCUGGAGAUUUUAGAAAAUAUGUAUUGAUCGAUUUCAUAGGUUUUUAGAUUCAGUUUAAGAAGAUGAUAACUAUUGUAUAGUUUUGACUACAGUGAUAAUCAAAAUGUGAAAAUGAGUGAGGCAUGAGGCAAGAUCUAUGUAUGAGAACAAUAUCUUUUCAGGAGUAAAAUAUUGUCAUUUCCUGAAUGAAAUAUGAACCCUGAAUAAUGCAUGAUCUAAUUUAGGUAUUGAAGUCAAAUGAUAUGCUUUAUCAUAUUAAUCACUCUCACAAAGCUUUUCCUAUACUCACUGAUGGUAUGACUAGGCAGUAGUUAUCCAAGCAUCGACACUUUGAUAUAGGCUUAUGCUGUGCUCUUUGUAUACUCAAGUCUGUCAUGUGUAGAAUACAUGCAGUUUGCUUUGCUGCCUCUCAGACUGUUCUAGGACAAACUAGUUGAUGUUCAGAUGUGAUUGUUCCUAGAAAAGGCCAUGUAUGCCUAAAAACUAUUCCUACUCAGGCUAAACCUUCACCAGUAAAAACAGAUACCGAUAAUGGCCGUACUUCAGUUUUGAGACAAAUGUUUCAGAUGGUAGCACCAGAAAGUGAUAACUAGUCUGUGACUGUCAUUUACAUUUACAUUUACAUUUACAUUUACAUUUACAUUUACAUUCACAUUUACAUUUAUAUUUCACAUUUCACAUUUCACAUUUACAUUUAGAUUGUACAUGUACAUUUACGUUUGACAUUUAC